AUGUCGCUCCAGGAUAAGGUCGUCCUCGUCACAGGGGGCUCCAAGGGCAUUGGCCGAGCUAUAGCCAUUGGCGCCGCAGCCCAGGGAGCAAAGGUCGUCAUCAACUACAGUAGCGACUCGUCCGCCGCCGACGAGGUUGUCAAGACUAUCGGCAGCGACCGUGUCAUCGCUGUGCGCGCUGACAACUCCAAGACAUCAGAGUUGCAGAGGCUCGUCGACGCCACCGUCGAUCGCUUCGGCAGGAUUGACGUCCUCGUCCCUAACGCCGCUAUUAUGCAUAUGCGCACCGUCGAGAACACCUCAGAGGAAGAUUUCGACGCCAUGUUUAACACCAACGUCAAAGGGCCUUACUUCCUGGUUCAGAAAGCGCUCCCUCACAUGCCUAAAGGCGGCCGGAUCAUCUUUCUGUCCACGACGGUGCUCGCAACAAGCAAUCUGCCCCCUCCAUAUCUUCUAUAUGCGUCAACCAAGGGCAGCAUCGAACAGAUGACCAAGUACAUGGCCAAGGAUCUCGCCAGCAAAGGCAUUACUGUCAACGCCAUCGCACCCGGCCCAAUAGGCACAGAGCUCUUUUACAAGGGCAAGACGGAUGAGAUGAUCCAACGAGCAAAUGCAAGUAGCCCGUUCAACAGGAUAGGCACACCGGAGGAGGUUGCUUCCGUCGUCCUCUUCCUCUCCGGCAAGGAAUCAACAUGGGUUACAGGUCAAACCAUCCGCGUGAAUGGUGGAGUAGCAUAA